AAUAGUUGGUGGACAGCACCACCCAACACACAGUCAAGCACCUUCCUUCCAUGCCAAAUCUAGACAAACAAACUCAAGGAUUUCAAUGAAAUUUCGACAAUCCGACGAAGAUUGAUCUACUCCUUUUCGUGAUUGAUCACGAAUUGAAGAUAAAAUUGCGAAGGGAAACGAAUUUGAGUCCUCAAUCGCUAUUCGCAUUUGAAGAAGAGAGGGGUAGCUGGUAACUAAAAUACUUGAGAGGGACAGAGAUUGGUGUGGCUGUGGCAGGUACCACGUGCUGGGUCUCAUUAAAAGCCGUUGAAGGUUGAAGACCCACCGUCGCAAACCCAAACCUACUUCUCUGCAAUUCCCUCAUUAUGACAUAAACGCUUAGAUAGAGGGAAAGGGAGAGAAAAAAAUAAAUAAAUUCAAGCUUGUGUUGUGUGUAUGUACAAUUAUUCCUUGCACUUCCCACCACAGGCACGCACGUUUUGUUUGCCUUUCCCUGUAACUCUCUUUGUGUGAGAAUUGAUUCACACAAUUCAUUGAUACCCGUCAGCCAAAUUCAACCCAAUUGUCCAGGAUUGACGCACUUGUUCCAGUAUGUCGGAAGCACAAAGGAGACCAUUGUCAAUUGGUGCGGGGCGUGGGAAUGGUUUCAUAAAUGGGGUAGUUUCACUUAGAAGUCCUGCUACAAUAUCUGAAGUUGAUGACUUCUGCUGUGCCCUUGGUGGGAAGAAGUCAAUCCAUAGUAUUUUAAUUGCAAACAAUGGAAUGGCAGCUGUCAAAUUUAUUCGUAGUAUUAGGACUUGGGCUUAUGAAACAUUUGGCACAGAGAAGGCAAUUUUGUUGGUUGCCAUGGCGACUCCAGAGGACAUGAGAAUCAAUGCGGAGCAUAUACGAAUUGCUGAUCAGUUUGUGGAAGUUCCUGGUGGGACAAACAAUAAUAACUAUGCCAAUGUGCAGCUAAUUGUAGAGAUGGCAGAGAUUACACAUGUAGAUGCUGUUUGGCCUGGCUGGGGCCACGCAUCUGAGAACCCUGAGCUGCCGGAUGCACUGAAUGCAAAGGGAAUUGUAUUUCUUGGGCCUCCAGCUGUGUCUAUGGCAGCAUUGGGAGAUAAGAUCGGUUCAUCUUUAAUUGCUCAGGCUGCAGAUGUCCCCACCCUUCCAUGGAGUGGGUCUCAUGUGGAAAUUUCUCAAGAAAGUUGUUUAGUCUCGAUCCCAGAAGAAAUUUAUAGAAAAGCUUGUGUAUAUACAACAGAGGAAGCAAUUGCAAGUUGUCAAGUUGUUGGUUACCCUGCAAUGAUUAAGGCAUCUUGGGGUGGAGGGGGUAAAGGCAUCAGGAAGGUUCAUAAUGAUGAUGAAGUUAGAGCAUUGUUCAAACAAGUGCAGGGGGAAGUUCCAGGCUCGCCCAUAUUCAUAAUGAAGGUUGCUUCUCAGAGCCGACAUUUAGAAGUCCAGCUACUGUGUGAUCAGAAUGGAAAUGUUGCAGCCCUACACAGCCGUGAUUGCAGUGUACAGAGGCGCCAUCAGAAGAUUAUUGAGGAGGGUCCAAUUACUGUGGCCCCGCUGGAGACAGUCAAAAAGCUGGAGCAGGCAGCUCGAAGGUUAGCAAAAUGUGUGAAUUAUGUAGGAGCUGCCACUGUUGAGUAUCUGUAUAGUAUGGAGACUGGCGAGUACUUCUUUUUAGAGCUCAACCCUCGGUUACAGGUAGAGCACCCUGUAACUGAGUGGAUUGCUGAAAUAAAUCUACCAGCAGCCCAAGUUGCUGUAGGAAUGGGUAUUCCUCUUUGGCAAAUUCCUGAAAUCAGACGAUUUUAUGGAAUGGAACAUGGUGGAGGGUAUGACGCUUGGAGGAAAACUUCGGUGCUUUCAACCCCUUUUGAUUUUGACAGGGCUGAGUCUACAAGGCCAAAAGGUCAUUGUGUAGCUGUUCGCGUUACGAGUGAGGACCCGGAUGAUGGUUUUAAGCCUACUAGUGGAAAAGUCCAGGAGUUGAGUUUUAAAAGCAAGCCAAAUGUGUGGGCUUAUUUCUCUGUAAAGUCUGGCGGAGGGAUUCAUGAGUUCUCAGAUUCUCAAUUUGGGCACGUUUUUGCAUUUGGAGAGUCCAGGGCACUAGCUAUAGCCAACAUGGUCCUUGGGCUGAAAGAAAUUCAGAUACGGGGAGAAAUUCGUACCAAUGUUGAUUAUACAAUUGACCUAUUACAUGCGUCGGAUUACCGGGAAAAUAAGAUCCACACGGGGUGGUUGGAUAGUAGAAUUGCUAUGCGGGUUAGAGCAGAAAGGCCACCUUGGUAUCUAUCUGUUGUUGGAGGGGCUCUCUAUAAAGCAUCUGCCAGUAGUGCAGCUGUGGUUUCGGAUUAUAUUGGUUAUCUUGAAAAGGGGCAAAUCCCUCCCAAGCACAUAUCACUUGUGAACUCUCAAGUAUCUUUAAAUAUAGAGGGAAGCAAAUAUACGAUUAACAUGGUUAGAGGGGGACCGGGAAGCUACCGACUGAAGAUGAAUGAGUCAGAGAUCGAAGCAGAAAUACACACUUUACGUGAUGGCGGUCUAUUAAUGCAGUUGGAUGGAAACAGUCAUGUUAUAUAUGCAGAGGAAGAAGCAGCUGGAACUCGCCUUCUGAUUGAUGGAAGGACAUGCUUGCUACAGAAUGACCAUGACCCAUCGAAGUUGGUAGCAGAGACUCCAUGCAAGCUGCUGAGGUAUUUAGUUUCAGACUGUAGUCAUAUUGAUGCUGAUGCUCCAUAUGCAGAAGUUGAGGUUAUGAAGAUGUGUAUGCCUCUUCUUUCGCCUGCUUCUGGGGUUAUUCAGUUUAAAAUGUCUGAAGGUCAGGCAAUGCAGGCUGGUGAGCUCAUAGCAAGGCUUGAACUGGAUGAUCCUUCGGCAGUGAGAAAAGCUGAACCUUUCCGUGGAAGCUUCCCAGUAUUGGGGCCUCCAACAGCAAUUUCUGGUAAAGUUCAUCAGAAAUGCGCUGCCAGUUUAAAUGCAGCCCGCAUGAUCCUCGCUGGUUAUGAGCACAAUAUCGAUGAGGUAGUGCAAAACUUGCUUAAUUGUCUUGACAGUCCUGAACUUCCUUUUCUUCAAUGGCAAGAGUGCUUGUCUGUCCUAGCAACCCGCCUUCCAAAAGAUCUGAGAAAUGAGCUGGAAUCAAAAUUUAAGGGUUUUGAGGGGAUAUCAAGCUCCCAAAAUGUUGAUUUUCCUGCCAGAUCAUUGAGGGCUGUUCUUGAAGCCCAUCUGUCCUCCUGUCCUGAUAAAGAGAAAGGAGCUCAGGAAAGACUUGUUGAACCUUUGCUGUCUCUUGUGAAGUCCUAUGAAGGUGGAAGAGAGAGUCAUGCCCGUGUCAUCGUUCAGUCCCUUUUUGAAGAGUAUCUAUCGGUUGAAGAAUUGUUUAGUGACAACAUACAGGCUGAUGUAAUUGAACGUCUGCGACUUCAAUACAAGAAAGAUCUAUUGAGGGUUGUGGACAUUGUGCUAUCUCAUCAGGGGGUCAAGAGUAAAAAUAAGCUGAUACUACAACUCAUGGAACAACUUGUUUACCCUAACCCUGCAGCAUACAGAGAUAAACUAAUUCGUUUCUCUGCACUUAACCAUACAAAUUAUUCUGAGUUGGCACUUAAGGCUAGUCAGUUACUGGAACAAACAAAACUGAGUGAACUUCGUUCCACCAUUGCCAGAAGCCUUUCUGAGUUGGAGAUGUUUACUGAGGAUGGUGAAAAUAUGGAUACUCCUAAAAGGAAAAGUGCCAUUAAUGAACGUAUGGAGGCUGUUGUUCGCGCUCCAUUAGCCGUUGAAGAUGCACUUGUAGGUCUUUUCGAUCACAGUGACCACACUCUCCAAAGGAGGGUUGUGGAGACUUAUGUUCGUAGAUUAUACCAGCCGUAUCUAGCGAAGGGGAGUGUUAGGAUGCAGUGGCACAGAUCUGGUCUUAUUGCAUCCUGGGAGUUUGUGGAAGAGCAUAUAGAGAGAAAGAAUGGGUCUGACGAUCAAGUGCUAGAUGAGCCAUUGACUGAAGAAAAAAGUGAAAGGAAAUGGGGAGCCAUGGUUAUAAUAAAGUCUCUUCAAUUUUUGCCAGCAAUUAUCAGUGCUGCAUUGCGGGAAACAACUCAUAAUACUGAUCAAGCAGUAGCUAAUGGAUUCAUGGAACCAAAUACCUACGGUAAUAUGAUGCAUAUAACAUUGGUGGGCAUCAACAAUCCAAUGAGUUUACUUCAGGACAGUGGUGAUGAGGAUCAGGCUCAAGAGAGAAUUAACAAGUUGGCCAAAAUACUGAAAGAGCAAGAAGUAAGCUCAUCCCUACGUGCUGCUGGGAUUGGGGUUAUUAGCUGUAUUAUACAGAGGGAUGAAGGGCGAUCCCCUAUGAGACACUCCUUUCACUGGUCAUCAGAAAAGUUGUAUUAUGAGGAAGAGCCUCUACUGCGUCAUCUAGAACCUCCUCUUUCCAUUUUCCUCGAAUUGGAAAAACUAAAAGGCUAUGAGAGUAUACGCUAUAUACCUUCUCGUGACCGUCAAUGGCACCUGUAUACUGUCAUAGACAAAACAUUACCAUUCCAGAGGAUGUUUCUUAGAACUCUUGUGAGGCAGCCCAUUACAAAUGAAAGGCUAAUUGCGAGCCAAGGGCUGGACAUGGAAACCAUGUAUAACCAAUGGGCUACUUCUUUUACUUCUAGGAGCAUUUUGAGGUCUUUGAUGACUGCCAUGGAGGAGCUUGAACUUAAUGUUCACAAUGCUGCUGUCAAAUCCGAUCACGCUCAUAUGUACCUUUGCAUCCUAUGUGAGCAACAAAUGGAUGAUCUUUUGCCUUACUCUAGGAGAGUUGACGUAGAUGAUGGUCAAGAAGAAGCUGCAGUUAUGGUGAUCUUGGAGGAACAGGCAAGGGAAAUCUUUAGGUGUGUUGGUGUGAGAAUGCAUAAAUUAGGUGUCUGUGAGUGGGAAGUGAAGCUCCGGAUGACAUGUUCUGGACGGGCAAAUGGUGCUUGGAGGAUUGUGGUAACAAAUGUGACCGGUCACACCUGCACUAUACAUAUAUAUCGAGAACUUGAAGAUACCAGCAAACACAAAGUGGUGUACCAUUCAGUAUCUGUGCAGGGUCCUCUGCAUGGUAUAGCUGUGAAUGCACAGUAUCAGCCAUUGGGAGUUCUUGAUAGGAAACGCCUAGUGGCGAGGAAAAGCAACACUACAUACUGUUAUGAUUUCCCCCUGGCAUUUGAAACAGCAUUGGAGCAAAUAUGGGCAUCCCAAUUCCCUGAUAGCAGGAAACCAGAUGAUAAGAUUAUUCUCAAGGUUGUAGAGCUCAUAUUUGCUGACAAAAAGGGUACUUGGGGUACCCCUCUUGUUUCAGUGGAGCGUGCGCCUGGGCUCAAUGAUGUUGGCAUGGUAGCUUGGUGUGUGGAAAUAUCUACUCCUGAAUUCCCUUCUGGAAGGAAACUUUUGAUAGUUGCAAAUGAUGUUACAUUCAAAGCUGGGUCUUUUGGGCCCAGAGAGGAUGCUUUUUUUCUUGAAGUAACUAAUCUUGCAUGCUCAAAGAAACUGCCUCUAAUUUAUUUGGCAGCAAAUUCUGGUGCGCGUAUAGGGGUUGCAGAUGAAGUCAAAGCCUGCUUUAAAGUUGGUUGGUCGGAUGAAUCAUGUCCCGAGCGUGGUUUUCAGUAUGUAUACUUGAGUCCUGAGGAUUAUUCUCGGGUUGGAUCAUCUGUGAUAGCACAUGAGAUGAAGAUGGAAAAUGGAGAAUCCAGAUGGGUGAUAGAUACCAUUGUUGGGAAAGAAGAUGGACUGGGAGUUGAGAAUCUAACUGGAAGUGGGGCCAUUGCUGGUGCAUAUUCUAGAGCAUACAAGGAAACCUUCACCUUAACAUAUGUGACUGGUAGAACUGUGGGGAUCGGUGCUUAUCUUGCUCGGCUAGGCAUGCGAUGCAUUCAGAGGCUCGAUCAGCCUAUCAUAUUGACUGGGUUCUCUGCAUUGAACAAGCUUCUUGGGCGGGAGGUAUACAGCUCCCACAUGCAACUUGGAGGUCCUAAAAUUAUGGGAACUAAUGGCGUUGUUCACCUAACUGUUUCUGAUGAUCUUGAAGGGGUAUCGGCUAUUUUGAAUUGGUUAAGCUGUAUUCCUCUGCGUGUAGGCGGUGCACUACCCAUUCUAAGCCCCAUGGAUCCUCCAGAAAGGUCUGUGGAGUACUUCCCUGAAAACUCAUGUGAUCCCCGUGCUGCUAUUUCUGGUGCUCUAAAUGAUAGUGGAAAGUGGUUGGGGGGUAUUUUUGACAAGGAUAGCUUUGUUGAGACUUUGGAGGGCUGGGCAAGGACAGUUGUAACCGGAAGGGCAAAGCUUGGAGGGAUUCCUGUAGGAGUCAUUGCUGUUGAGACACAGACUGUGAUGCAAGUUAUCCCUGCUGACCCAGGACAACUUGAUUCCCAUGAGAGGGUUGUCCCUCAAGCUGGGCAAGUAUGGUUUCCUGAUUCUGCCACCAAGACUGCCCAAGCGAUAUUAGAUUUCAACAGAGAAGAGCUUCCACUUUUCAUUCUUGCCAAUUGGAGAGGCUUUUCUGGUGGCCAAAGAGACCUUUUUGAAGGUAUUCUUCAGGCUGGUUCAACCAUUGUCGAGAACCUUAGAACAUACAGACAGCCCGUUUUUGUGUACAUCCCAAUGAUGGGUGAGCUCCGUGGUGGGGCAUGGGUUGUCGUGGACAGUCGGAUCAAUUCAGAUCAUAUUGAAAUGUAUGCUGACCGAACAGCAAAGGGCAAUGUCCUUGAGCCAGAGGGGAUGAUCGAGAUUAAGUUUCGGACAAAAGAGCUAUUGGAGUGCAUGGGUAGGCUUGAUCACCCACUGAUCAAACUAAAAACAGAGCUUCAGGAUGCUAAGAGAUGUGGGUCUCAUGGAAUGGUUGAAUCUUUACAACAGCAGAUAAAAAUACGUGAAAAGCAGCUUUUACCAUUGUACACUCAGAUAGCCACCAGAUUCGCAGAACUUCAUGAUACUUCCCUGAGGAUGCAAGCAAAAGGGGUAAUUAGAGACGUCGUGGACUGGGGAAUAUCCCGGUUUUAUUUCUACAGAAGAUUACGUCGGAGAAUUGCUGAAGGCUCCCUUAUUAAGAUUGUGAGAGAUGCAGCUGGUGAGCAGCUGUCGCAUAGCUCUGCGAUGGACUUGAUAAAAAAAUGGUUCCUGGAUGCUAACAUUGCUGGAGGCAGAGAAGAUACUUGGGUGGACGAUGACGCUUUUUUCACAUGGAAGGAUGAUCCUAAAAAUUAUGAAGAGAAACUACAGGAGUUGCGUGUUCAGAAGAUACUGCUUCAAUUAACCGAUAUCGGCCAAUCUACGUCAGAUUUGAAAGCUCUGCCUCAAGGCCUUGCUGCCCUUCUAAGCCAGGUGGACCCAUCAAGCCGAGGGGAAUUGGUGGAUGAACUACGGAAGGUUCUGAGCUAAUCAGCAAUUAAUCAGUUUCAUUUCGAUAGCUAAAUCGGCCUUCCCCAAAUGUUGGAAUGCAAUGGCUUCUUACCCAUCACAUUGGGCGAUGACUUCACCAUCCAACCUGAACCUAUGUGAACUUAAAGCUAGUGCAGAAGCUCCUAGGACCUGUUUUAUAGCCUCUGUAAAUUUUGUAGUCUUUGGUUAGGAAAUAGUAGUAUGCAUUAUUGCCUGUAUUGAUUAUAUUUCUGUACUGUCAUGAUCAGUAAGAUGCAAUAAUAUGAUGUCAGCUGUCAAUGCAAAUUCUUCCGGCUUAUAUUAUAUGCCUGCAAUUGGUAUUUCCUGAAGUGAUGUAGCUAGCUGUUAAGUGU